UUUUUUUUUUAUAGCUAAAGCUCGUGGUGGUAGUGCUGGUGAUGGUGGUGGUGCAGCUGAUCGUGUUAUUAAUCAAAUUUUAACUGAAAUGGAUGGUAUGGGUGCAAAGAAAAAUGUUUUUAUUAUUGGUGCAACUAAUCGACCAGAUAUUAUCGAUUCAGCUAUUCUUCGACCAGGUCGUCUUGAUCAAUUAAUUUAUAUACCAUUACCAGAUGAUAAAUCACGUAUGGCUAUAUUAAAAGCUGCUUUAAGAAAAUCACCUAUAGCUAAAGAUGUUGAUAUGAAUUUAUUAGCAAGUGUAACAAAAGGUUUUAGUGGUGCUGAUUUAACAGAAAUAUGUCAACGAGCUUGUAAAUUAGCAAUAAGAGAAUCAAUUGAAAAAGAAAUUAGUCUUGAAAAAGAACGACAACGUAAUGGACAAACAGCUAUGGAUUCUGAUGAACCAGAUCCAGUACCAGAAAUUCGUCGUGAUCAUUUUGAAGAAGCUAUGAAAUUUGCUCGACGAUCAGUUAGUGAUAAUGAUAUACGUAAAUAUGAAAUGUUUGCUCAAACAUUACAACAAUCACGUGGUUUUGGUUCACAAUUUCGUUUUCCUGAUCAACAACAACAACCAUCGCAUGGUACUGGUGGUAGUGGUGGACAAGGUGGAGGACAUCGUCCUAGUAAUGAUGAUGAUGAUCUUUAUGCAUAA